GCCGAGGUGUAACUUUUCGUUUCCUGGAGGAGUGAGCCAGAAGCAGGAUGGAGGAAAAUAUGUCUCAAAAGGAGAUGCUGGAGAGAAUAGCUGAGCUGGAUUACAACAAGAGUCAGCUGAGGGACCUGAACGACGAGAUGAGACAAUGGCUGGAGGUUGCAGAUGAUGACAUGGCAGCGCUUCGCUCUGAGAAUGCCACGCUCAGAAAACAACUGAAAGUAAUGGAGGAGAUCAUCAGUGAAGCACAACAGGUCGAAGCAGAGCCUUAUGGGUACCUGAUGGCCAGCGACCUCAAUGAAAACAGAAGCAGUGAAAAAAAUAUUCAGGAUCAGGAGAUGGAAUCCACCAUGUUGAAAGAAGAAAACAAGAAAUUAACUACAAAGAUGAAGAACUUGGAGGAGGAGAUAGACCAGGAGAAGAUCACUUUGAGCAAGCUCAGGGCUGCGUUUCAGAGCCUGGAGGAUGAAAUGGAGGAAGCUCAGUUAGAGCUGCAGCACAAACAAGAAGUUAUUCACCAGAAAAACCUUGAGGUGGACCAUCUGAAGGAAACUGUGGAGGAAUAUAACAACAUCAUUAAGGACCUCAGGCUGAUGAAGCAGGAGCUGACCCAGCAGCUGGAGGACAGACGAGACGAAGCCUCAUUUGCUGUCCUCACUGAAGUGAUGAGAGAAGAGGAGGAAUCAGUCAGUGUUCAUCUGUCCUUAGCGGAGGAAAUUCAGAUGCUGGUCUCAGCUGAAAUGAAAACCAGCAUGUUACCCACUACACAUCUCACUCCAGUGACUACUGAAGAGGAAGAACAUGAAGGGGCUGAUGCUGAGGAGCUGCUGGAAUCUCAAAGUCUCACAGAGAACUGUAAAACUAAAAGUGGUUCACUCAGCAGCAGCCGGUUUGCUUGUACCCUGGAGACUGCCAUCUACGGAGCGAGGCUGUUCAUGCAGUGUAUCUUUACAUUUUCUUUUAUUGUUCUAAUAGUUUUGGGAUGCUGUGCAGGAGACCUGCUUUCCAUCAGUACUUUGCGGAGCAGUGCACGGCUCAUGUUACAGCCUUACUUCUCUCUGCACUAUGAUGCCUUACCUCCCAUUUGAUCGCAUACCAACGUGUUGGCUCAGUUCAAAUGGCCGGCCACGGCUUGAUGUUGAAGUCUGCUUUGUCUGCAGCAGAUCAGAGAGAUCUGGGGGAAAAAAUAUGAUUCAUACAUGUUGUCAGAUGUAUGAAUAAAGUAAAGUUACAGUUUCAAA